AAAUAAGGCCUGACGUUACCCCUGAGUAUAGCCUGAGUGCGGGCUGUCGAUUUUUAAAUUUCAAUAUGGCCGGCGUCCAAGGAGUGCAAUUUAACGUCGCAGAAAAACCGGGCAAAAAACGCAAAAAAGAGUUGCGCCUGUACAAGAAAAUCCCAGUGUGGAUAUGCGAAUAUCAUCAAGAAGUAUUGCCGUAUAUUUACCGAGCAAUCGGGUCAAAAUAUUUGCCAUUUUCUGGCUUAACGUUUUUGCAUUUUGAUUCCCAUCCGGACUUGAUGGCCCCGUUGGAAAUGCAAGCUGAAAGUGUUUAUAACAAAGCGAUAUUGUUUGAUGUUAUUAGUAUUGCGGAUUGGAUAUUACCUGCAGUUUACGCUGGACAUAUUAGCAAGGUUAUAUGGGUCAAGCCACCUUGGUCGAACCAGAUUUCCGACAAAACUUUGAUGUUUCAUGUUGGUCGACACAAGUCUGAAGGAGCGAUAAGAGUCUCCUGUUUUGAGAAGUAUUUCUGUGAAGACGGACUAUGUGCAUUGGAGAAGGACUUAGAAAACUGUCAAGAACUUGCUGUUGUUGUCAUUACAAUGCCUGUCAACUGUUUGCAGUCCAAGUUAACUUGUGGUAAUGAAUCAGAAGAAAACUUGAGUGUCAAUAUUCCUGGAGGAAUGAUGGCUUGUGGUGGCAAUCUGGUUGUAAAUGAAUGCGUAUGCCUUCAGGACAAGCCAAAAAAUAUCUCCUCACAUAAAAGUGAUUGCUUGGAUGGGAAAGUAAAAAGCGACAUUCAAUUGUUUAUCAGUCAAAUAUCAUCUCAGCUGGAGGAACCUUUCAUUCUGGACAUUGACAUGGACUUUUUCUCCACCUUCAAUCCCUUCAAAACAAUGUUUACUGAGGCUUGUACUUGCUCUAUUCAUUUUGAAUUCAACCAAAAGUAUGUAAAGCAUGCCCACAAACAUCCAAAAUGUUUGCAAUUUUGCUGCCACUCUUUUUACAGGCUGAAUUUGAAGAACUGCGAAAAUUUUACCAAUUCCCUGGCAUUGAUUGUCACCAAGAAGAGCAUUCAGCUAGAUCUGUUACUACUGCAAAAAGCGAAAUACAAAGACCUUUCACUUCACAUACGUCAGGGAGCUUCAGAAUCACAAAUUUACGUCAGUUGCAUUCAGGUGUGCGUGACGCUACGGCAGGUGUGCUGUUGUUAUCUUGUAAUAAAAGACCGCGUCUUCGGCACAGGCUGUUCAAAUUUCAAACAAGCAAACAGCGAAAUAUCGACAUCUUUUUCACCGUUUAAAAUAUGGCCUGGCAUAACGGCGUUUGGUCGCCGUUAUUCGUUCCUCAAUGGUACAGCCCGAAGGUUUCUCAGUAUAUGUUUGACCCGUACAGUUUUACACACGUUUUACACGGAGUUGUAUUGUACUAUUUGUGGUAUCUGCUCGGCUUUGGACCGAGCUACGGCUACCUAGCUAUGUUCGUGUUCGAGUUUUCGUGGGAAGUAUUGGAGAACAGCGAAAAGGUCAUCGCACGGUACCGAGAAUCUAGCGGCACAUCGGGCGAAUAUAAAGGCGACUCGUACCAAAAUAUUAUCGGUGAUCUUAUAGCUUGCGAAGUCGGGUAUAGUAUUUCAUUGUUGUUUCAUGCGAUUCUCGGAAAGUUUUGGCUCAGCAUCGCGUUUUACUUCGUCGUCGAAGUUGCACUCUUGUUGUACAUGAGAGACUGUCUCACCGUAACGCUGUUGACGUUGAUUAAGCCAAAUGAGAGCAUCAGUAAAUGGCAAGAAGAAGGGGUCGAAAUAGCUCGGAAAAAAGAGAAUCAAGAAUAGACUGAAAGGAAUGUUAGUAAUGUUAAUCCUGUCAUGGAUGCACGUUCUGUUGUAUUCUUAAAGGUUUAUAAUUAUGGGAUUUAAGUUUUGUGUCUUGUAAAGCAAGCUAUGCAUGUAGGUUGGAACACAAGAUGCCUGCAUGUUGACUUUGUAGAUCUCAGGAAACAAUUAAGUCUUUAAGACCUUUGUCUUUAGAAAUUGUAAUGUAUGUCAUUGACUGAAACUUAAUUGUAGAAGCAAUAUUUAAUAUAUUUGCAUUAUCAUC